UUCCGCCUAGCUAGGUGUUGGAGUAGAAUUGAACACCAAGACUUCCAAGAAGCUCACUUAACCUACCACCACUCACUACGUGGCAUUUUUGGCCUCCAAAUAUUACUAAGUUGACAAAAGCUUUGAUUAUCUCAUGUUAAUAUUCUUCUAGGUCGCUUACCUUAAACUAAAUUCAAAUAUAUAUGUAGUUGUCUUAUUUGCUUAUUUUGCAAUCAAACAUGUGUUGAUAUUGUUAUGUUUCUAGGAAGGUAAGCUUUAUGUCUUUUUUUUUUUUUUUUUUUUUUUUUGUGUGUGUAAUCCUUUUUAGUGUAUCUGUUUUAUGAAGGGUAAGAUUUAUAUCUCAUUGAUUAGGUAUAACUCCUUUUUUCGCUAUCAAUAAAAUUUUCCUAACACCGUCAAGAUUUUCCCCCAAAAAAAAAGUGUUAAUGUUGUUAUUUAUUUUUAUAUUUUAUGUUUAUUUUCCUUUCAUUAUCUUGUUCUCCAUUAACCCUAGCUAGCAUACGUUGCUGUUGAAAGACAAAAGGAAGUGGCCCUUUCUAUUUUCUCCACAUUAUUUCCUUAAACAAUUCAUAUAUUUUUUCAAAAUCUAUGAGCCUAUAAGAGUUGACGAUCUCCCAUAUUAUUAGGAGUGUUUACCUGAGGAUGGGGCUUUGUGAACAAUUCCCUCAUCUGAUUUCUCAACUUCUCAAGCAUAUAUAUACACAAAUAUAUAGAUACACGCAUACAUAUUUAUACACACACUUUCAUAUAUAAAUCUCUUGUGUUUGGUCCUCAGAGGUCCUCAGAUUCUAAAUCCACAUAUUUAUAUUUUCUUGUAAAACUUCAUAUAGAUGGAUAUCAUAAAGGGAAAGUGGAAGAAGAAUCUGAUCGCCAACGCGUGGAAGCGAUGGAGUUUACAAAGAAAGAGCAGCAGCAAAGUACACAACUCGUUGACAAAGAGCAAGUCAUGGCACUGCAGUUCCAGUACUAGGAAGAUCAAAGGCCUGGUAGCUCCGGACGGGUGUUUUUCGGUCUACGUUGGACCGCAAAGACAACGAUUUGCAGUGAAGACGGAGUUUGCGAAUCAUUCCUUGUUUAAGAUGCUGCUGGAUGAUGCCGAAAUGGAAUACGGUUACAAUUGCGAAGGUCCGAUUUUGCUUCCUUGUGAUGUGGAUUUGUUUUAUAAAGUGUUGGCUGAGAUGGAGAGCAGUGAGGAAGUUAGUACUCCUAACUGUGGGUUUGUUAAGGGUUAUGGUUCGUUGAUGCUUUGCAGCCCCGCACGUCGUCUAAAUUCGUGCAUCCAUGACGCUUGGCGGUGCCUAUAGGCUGCUUAGUCCGUCGAGAAUGCUUAAGAUAAACCAAUUUUAGUCAUGUAUAUAUCAUCAUUAGUGAUAGAGAUAUUAUGUUUGUGUCUGAGAUUAUGAUACUUGACAGAAGAUUAGCUAGGUAGUUAGAUUAGUUGUAGUCUUGUGCUCUCUAUAAAUACUUGUAUUGAGAUGUCUUAUUGACUAAGAAAUAAUAUACCAAAUAAA